AUGCCUCUGGAAAAAUCAUCGUAUGGCGAUAUGCAGGAGCUGACCGCUUUAGUUUUGGUAACAAUUGUAAGCGUCAAUGCCUUAAGGAAACCUGUGGCGGUAAAGGAUCUGGGUUUCCUGGCCCAGCAGCGCAUCUCCGAUGGCUUCGUGGCACCGAGGGGAAAAUUUCGCUACCUUGUGGGGUUGAGUUUUAAAAACAGAGACGGAAGCCACUACUGGUGUGGAGGCGCCAUCAUAGACAGGCACUGGAUCCUGACUGCCGCUCAUUGCACAAAUGAGGGCGAAUUCGUGACCAUUUAUUAUGGAGCUCACAAUCGGAAAAAGGCUGCAUUCACGCACAGGGUAAUGUGGAAGGAUUGGAAGCAGCAUGAGAACUUCGACAGCUAUAUUCUAUCGUGCGAUAUCUCCUUAAUUCGCACACCCUACAUUCGAUAUGAGAACGGCGUCGAAAGCGCCCGUCUUCCCGGUGCGGAGAGUAAUGUUUUAACCAACAAGUUGGGAGUGGUAUCUGGCUGGGGCAAGACCUUCCAGAGCAAAGACAUUGUGGAUAUAUUGACCUGCAUAAAUGUGACGAUUGUCGAUAGUGCCCCCUGCGACAGAUAUUACGGUUCGCUCUUGUUUACGGAUGAUCACAUUUGCAUUAUGUCAGCCAGUAGCUCUAAGGGAAGUCCCUGCAGCGGCGACUCCGGCGGACCCCUGAUACUAUACAACGGUGAAAUCCUUGUGGGCAUUGUAUCCUAUGGCUCCACAGAAGGUUGCAAGGCGCACUUACCCUUGGCCUUGACGCGUGUGACCAGCUACAUGGAUUGGAUUGCGAAGCAAAUGGAAACUGGAAACGCUGCUUGCAGCAUUCUGGGCUUUAGAAUCCGCCACUCAAUUCUUUUUUUACUCUACACACUAAUAAAGUAUUAA